CUUUCUGUGUUCUGCUUUUCCUACAGGAAAACACCAAUUCUCUCUCCACACUUUUUCUUUUACAAAACACAAACACCCAAAAAAUAAAAAAUAUAUAUCUAUAUAUAUAUAGAAACAGAUAAAGGGGAAGGAGUAGAGAGACAGGAAAAUCAAAACACUUUGUCACAGAUUUCGCACUCUCCAUCUUCUUCAAUUGCUCCAAUAUGAACGACCUUUUAACGGAUUCGUUCGAGGUACCGCGGGAUCAAGCUUCUAGGAAUGGAGAUAUUGAAAUGGGAACACAACUCGCACAAAAUUCAGGAGAUUUAGGCUUGGACAACUUCUUUAAGCAGGUUCAAGAGAUUGAGAAAAAUUAUGAAAAACUCGAUAAGCUACUGAAAAAGCUUCAGGAUGCUCAUGAGGAAUGCAAGGCCAUAACCAAGGCUGCUGCUAUGAAAGCAAUCAAGAAACGAAUGGAGAAGGAUGUUGAUGAAGUUGGAAAAAUUGCCCGCCUAAUUAAAUCAAAAAUUGAGGAACUUGACAGAGAGAAUUUAGCCAAUAGACAAAAGCCUGGAUGUGGAAAAGGAUCGGGCGUUGACAGAUCAAGAACAGCAACUACAGUUGCCAUGAAGAAGAAGUUCAAAGACAAGAUGUCUGAAUUUCAGACUUUAAGAGAAAGCAUCCAUCAAGAGUAUCGUGAAGUAGUCGAGAGGCGUGUAUUCACAGUGACGGGAAAUCGAGCCGAUGAAGAGACAAUUGAUAAAUUAAUAGAGACUGGGGAUAGCGAACAGAUUUUCCAAAAAGCAAUUCAAGAGCAAGGGCGAGGCCAGAUAAUGGACACGCUUGCAGAAAUUCAAGAGCGUCAUGAUGCUGUUAGAGAUUUAGAGAAGAAGCUUCUUGACUUGCAACAGAUAUUCAUGGACAUGGCAGUAUUGGUGGAUGCUCAAGGAGACAUGCUCAACAAUAUUGAAUCACAGGUUUCGUCUGCUGUUGACCAUGUGCAUUCCGGGAAUACCGCACUUCAGAAAGCAAAAAGGUUACAGAAAAACUCGAGGAAAUGGAUGUGCAUUGCUAUUGUCAUUCUCCUUAUUAUCGUCGCAAUAAUCGUUGUGGGCGUGCUCAAGCCAUGGCAGAACAAUAAUGGUGCUUAGCUAUUCACCACAAUUUAUUGUAUAAACAGAAAAAUGAUGCUAAAUGGAAUUGUUUUCCUACUUACACUCCAUUAUAGCUAUUUCUUUUAUUCUUGCAGUCAAUACUUUUGGAUUUGUGUGUGCGCGCCCAGUAAAGUUUAUAUACAAGUUUACUAUUUGCAAGUGUAACGUUAUAUCUUCAAAAAUAUGCUCAUUGUUUGCUUUAA